AUGAAUUUGUCGAGCUAUUCUCUCCCUAAUACAUAUGAAGAGAUGAAAAAGCAAUACGACAAAUAUUAUUUUGAAUUCUACCACGAAAUGGUGCGCAUGAGUAAUAUAUCUCUUACCGAAUACAUCGAAAAAUAUUUACAAUUAGUAGAGAGUCUAGCCAAAUCAUCCAAACCAGAAGAUGCAUUUAGAACAGCAAUAGCAAUUAAUUCGCUUCACUCGUUCGGGUACAAUAAUUUUACCGUUUUAUCAAAUUUAUUUGACAGAAUUAUACCUCAAAAGGAAAUUGAACUUGUCAAAUUUACAAGUUGGGUCGCAGGAAAUUUAAUUCAUCAUCCAAAUUUAGAACAAUCUCAUUACGUUUCUCAUUUAAUCAAUCGUUUAAUCGGCUGGCUUCAUUCUCACGGCCGCAGAGAACGCCAUCUUGCUGCAGCAUGGAUGAUCUACGAAUUAUCCGAUAAUGCUGGCAGUAGCGUCGUAAUUUACCUUUCUUCUAUCUUAUCUGCUUCAAAUAUACUACUUGUUCAUCAAUCAACACGUGUUUCAGAUGCAACUAUUGCCGCAUAUUCAGCAUUUACUACAGCAGUACUUCGUUAUCGCAGAUCGGAACUUCUGAACUAUUUAGAAGUAUUAAGCAAGCUCUCAUUAUCAUUACUAACAUUAAAUGAUCCUGCCAAACAAAAUGCCGCUAUCAGAUUACUUACAUGCUUGAUCGUUCAAGUAAAUGAUUACUUUACUCCUUUUAUUCAAAAUUUAUGCGGACAAAUCGAAUAUAUUUACGAAACAUCAACACCUCUUGUACAAUCGAACUGCUUAUGCCUUGAAUCAUCCAUUUCUUACGCAGAUUCUGCACAAUUUAUGGAUUAUUUCGGAGAUAACUACUUCACUCACGUCAAAGAGAUGAUUCUUGAAUUUACUACAGAGCUAACGAACUCAUUAAUCCAACUUUCGAAGUUUGUUCCCGAUUUUGUUUUGGAUAAUAUGGAAUCAAUCAAAGAAAUCGCCAAUUCUUUAGUAAAUCACGAGAUGUAUUCAGAAGCCUUUAGUUUACUUUCAUAUUUCCUUCAAUUUGACCCUGAUUCUUUCGUUCCAUUUGAUUCAUCUUUGGCACACAAGCUUGUACAAGCUCCAUUAUCCAUUAAUUACAGAGAUUUCUUCCUUGUCCUUACAUCCCUCGACGACAUCUUCCCAGAUUACAUUCUAAAUUCCCUAUUUGGAAAACUCCAAAAAGAAUUAACGACAGAAACCCCAUUAUUCAGUCUCCAACUUAUUGCAAACAUGCCAUCAGAGUACUUCCCACCAGAUAACCAGCUUUUAAUGAUGGUUCUUCCAUUUACGACAUCAAGAUCCGUAUCUAUCCGAAAAACCGCUCCGAAAGCCAUUUUUAACAUUCUCCAAUCGAACGAAAGCAUCUCAGCACAAUCGAUUGUCCUCCAGGAACUACAAAGAGCGAUGUCAGACCUCGAUUUAAGUGUCAGAUGCGCAGUUUUAGAGAGUAUCGCCGAAUCCUGUCUCGAAGAACUUGCUACACCCAAAGCAUUGGAGAUGUUGAAGGUUUUCGUGAAUGAUGAUGCUUAUUCCGUUCGAAUUGAAACAAUUAAAAUUCUUGGAAAUUUAAUUGAAAUCAAUCCUAUGACAGUUACGGGAAUAAUUAGGCAAUGCAUCAUCGACUACUUCUACGCACUCAAGAAUAUCACAUCCAUCAGACAAAGAGGAAGAAUCGGUCGUUUAUUACCUCAUAUUUUCAGAGCCGGUCAAAAAUUUAUCAAAGUUUACACGGAUAUAUUUUUGGAAGUAUUUUUUGAUGUCAUGAGUCAAAACAAUGUUGAAGAAGAAAGUCCGUACAUCAAUUUCAUUGAAGAGAAUAAUGAUGUUACAUUAAAAAUAGGAUUGAUUGAAUCUUUGCCAUUAUUUGCUGUAAACGACAAAGAUAAAAUUGAAAACAACAUUGAACAGAUUGUUAAUGACUUAUGUAGUUAUCUACAAUUAUCUAUGCCAAGAGCAUUGAUUCUUGCUGUUCUUCGUUGUUUGUUUGACUUGUUGACACCUCCUGCCGCUUCUGUAGCUGUUAGAUCAACGUGUGCAACAAUUUUUAAUGCUUGUUCUGCAUUGUUGUAUAUAACUGUUUCAAGAAAAACACGUAUAGCAAUAUUGAGAGUUUUCGGUGCAAUAGGUGUUUUGGAUUUGCAUCCAACUAAUCCACCAAUAACAACACCUCUUCCUGAUAACAUCGAUGAAGAUCUCGCAAGAAAAUUCUUCCAGCCAAGUAGAGAUUCUGACACCGAAAUUGAUGAAUCAUAUUUAUUGGAUAAAAGAAAGGAAGAAAUAUAUAUUGGUCAUUACGUUAUGAUGUCAUUAGUUAAUAUAUUAAUGGACAUCUCACAAAAGGAUUAUCACGCAAUUGCAAGUGAAGCAAUUGUCAAAGUAAUACAACCACAAAAAUUGUGGAUGCUUCCUUUGAUUGAUUAUUUCGCAAACCAACUUUUGAAUUUAUUGAAUACUUCUAAGGAUGAUGACACGAAAAGUAGAUAUGUAGAGAUAUUGAUACCUUUCAUUUAUAAGGCGGGAAAUGUCAUUGUUCAUUUUGUUCCUCAGAUAUUUAAUUUUGUAUUGAAUAAUGUUCAAAAGAAAAGAUAUCUUAGUUUGCAGCAAAUCAAGAUUAUUUUAGCUUUGGUUGUUUCAAUUCGUGAUGCUUUUACUCCUAUUUCUCAUUCUUUGUUUUGUUUGUUAAUAGAAAGUAUGGAUAAUUCUAAGACAAGUGAUUUGGAAUCUGCUUUAUUAAUACUCCAAAUCUUUGAACAAUUGAAUCCUUAUACUUUCGACCAAGCGAAUUUAAUUGUUAAUCAAGUUUGCGAUGCAAUUAUUUGUGAUAAAACAAUUCCUGAAGUUGUUGUUGCUUCUUUAAAGGUUUUGUCGAGUUUCGCUCCGACACAUAACUUAAUGCCGUUUAUAGGAAUGAUCUUAAGAUCAAUGAGAACAAGUAUUUUCUCUGAAAAUCAGGCAAUUAAAGCCGCUGGUAUUGAAAUGAUGACGGUUUUUGUCAAAUCUUAUGGCAAACCGUUUUUAUUCAGUGCUUCUCCGAUCAUGACGCAAAUGAUGGCUAAGAAACUGACAUCCGAUGAAUUUAUAAGUGUUGUUACAUCAGUAGAAGUUGGGACAUAUAAUGUAACAACUCCUGUUCCACAAAAACCGAAUGUUGUUCCUUUGGACAAUUCUAAUUCAGGAUUUUCAUUUAAUGAAGAUUUAAUUAUGCAAAAAUUGUCAAAUCCAAGUUUUGGCGAAGAAAGCUAUUUAAGACAAUGGUUGAUUAAUUUAACAAGAUUAAUGAUAUCAACGAAUCCUAAAUUAGUCAUUAGAGAAUGCACAAGUAUUUCUCAAUCUUCUGAAACUUUCACUUUAAGUAUGUUUAACAUUGUGUUUUUGACAGUUUGGGAUGAAUUGUCAAAAGAUGGAAAAGAGAUGAUGGCGAAAACUAUCUUAGCUAUUUUAGAAUCGAAAGAAACAUAUGAACAAGUAGGAAGAAUUCUUUUAACUUUGUUAGUUUUCAUGCAUAAGAUUCAAAAAGAUAUUCCUAUUUCUAAACAAAGUGUUGUUAAUGCGUCAAUGAAAUAUGGUUAUUAUUCAUUUGCCUUGAAACUCCAAGAAGAAUUAUAUAAACCAACAGAUAAAAAAGCUCUUGAAAAGAUAAUAAAUAUAUAUUUGGAGUUGGGACAAAGACCAAAUGCAUUGGCAAUUUACAACAUGUGUAAAACAACUUUGAAAGAUCCUGUAAUUUUAACAAAAUUGCAGUUGUAUGAUCAAUCUGUUGAAUACUUGAAAAACAAGUUUAGAUCUAAAUCAAAAGAUCCUAAUACUUUUAUUUCUUUGAUAGAAAGUUACUGUGGAUUGAAUCAAUGGAAAUCAGUAAUUGAUUUCACAGAUGAAUUCGAGAAACAGCAAAGAUCUAUUAAGACACAAUCAUCUCCUCUUUUGGCAGAAGCAGCUCUUCAUCUUGGAAAAUGGGAUAUGUUGGAGCAAUUCUUGGAAUUCUCUCCUGAAGACAAUUUCCAUUGCAACAUAAUGAUUGCACUCCAUGGAUUACAUACUUAUUUGGGAGAAAGAUCUCCUGAACAAUACCAAAAGAUUUCAAGUUGUAUUGAUCAUGGAUUUUCUUUAAUUGCCUCUAGACCUUUCUCUUUUUGGGCUGAGCAUCAAAAAGUUCAUAAAGAAAUCGUUCUUCAAGCGCAAAAAUUAGUUGAAAUCGAAGAAAUGAUGAAAUACAUGAAUUCAACUGAUAAAAUUGCGUUCGAAAAGAACUGGGCACAAAGAUUAGUUACUGCGCCAAGAAACUUCCACAUUUGGUUCGAAUUAAUUUCAAAUAGAGUUUGUAUAACAAAAACUCGUGAUGAAAACUUGAUUAAAUUCUUUUUACUCAAAAGUCCUGAACAUAAUGCUCAAAUCCACAUGAAUACAUUUAAUAUUUUGUUCCCAGAAUACAAUGAAAGAUCAGCACCUUUCGUUGAUAGAUUGUGCAACAUCAUUGCUAGAUAUAACUGUGGAGAAAAAGAGAAAGCAAUACAAAUGAUCUCAGAAAUGCUUCCACAAACAAAAGAUACAUUAAGAUGCCAAUGUUUGUAUCUUUAUUCAAGUUGGUUGAUAGAAACAAAAGAUUCAUUUGAUUCUUUGUUAACUGCGUACCAAAGCCUCGGAGAAGCAGCGAAACUCACUGGAAACAACAAGAUACAAAGAAGAUUGUCAAGUGAAAACGAACAUUCAUCGAGAAGAAUCUCUAGAGUUACUUCUUCUUUCACAGAAUAUACUUUUACUCAAUCAACAUUUUUGAAUUUGACAUCGAAUGUAAUGAGAGCGGAAGUGCUUCGAAAAUGGGCUUUCGUUGCAGCUGAACUCAUUGAAAAUGGUCAAAACAAUGUCGAUAGUUACGUGACAACAGCAAUUUCUUGUUUAACAGAAUGCGUAAACCAAGACGCUUCUUUCCCUGACGUUGUCCAACUUUUGAACAUUUUCUUUGAUCACGCUGAUCAUCCUGAUGUUUUCUCUAAAACAUCUGAGUCGAUUGAGAAUUUGCCUCCUCAAUUAUUGUUGAAGAGUACAUUGCAAUUGCUUGUACAACUUUCUCAUCCAUCGAGAGAUGUCGCGAAUUUUGUUCAUGACAUCAUUUUCAAGAUGUUGAAACAACAUUACCAUGCAAUUAUUUUUUCGAUCAUUGUCAUGGAAGAAUCAUCAAAUGAAAGGAGAUGCAGAGUUGCCUCCAAUCUUUUCCAAGAAUUCCAAGCAGCAAUGCCUCAAGAAGCAUCAGAAGUCAUCCUAAUAAGAGAUGCUUUGUUGAGAGUCAGUGUUACAUGGUAUGAUUGGUUAAGACAAUUUGUUUUGGACAUAAAAGACGCAAUUUCCGAUGGAAGAUGGAAUGAUAUCGUUGAAUCUAUUGAUGACAUUGUUCAAACAACUAAAACACCAACGUGUUUGCUAGAAGAAGUUGUUAAACAACAAUUCGCAAACGAGUUGAGCCAAGCUGAACAUUUGUUGGAAACAUUUACUCCUUCGAGUCAUUUCCACAUGAAUUCCUUGAUUUCUUGGAGAAAUUCCUUCGAAUCGGCACUUGCAAUUGCAUGCAGAGAUAUCAAAUACAUCGAGUUGCAAUCGAUAUCCCAAGAACUCUGCCAGAUAACUCACUUCAAACUCGCUGUCCCUGGUACUUAUAAACCCGAAAAAGAGAUAAUAAGAAUCCAAUAUUUCAUCGAACAAUUAAUGAUUUACGACACGAAACAACAGCCGAAAUCAUUAGUUAUCAAAGGUGAAGAUGGAUCAAUGUAUCAGUAUCUACUUAAAGGACACGAAGACUUGAGAUUGGAUGAAAGAGUUAUGCAGUUCUUCAGAUUGGUCAAUUCAAUUUUGAAGAAAGAAUGUGUGAUGAAAGAUUUAUUGCUCCACACGAUGUCUGUUAUUCCGAUUUCUUCAACGAAUGGAUUAGUUCAAUGGGUUCCAGGCACAGAUACAUUGAGGAGCGUUAUAGAUCAAUACAGGAAGAUCAGGAAAUUCGAUGAGAAACAAGACGAAUUCAAGAUGCUCGAGCAAACAAUGUAUAUCAGUUACGAUAACAUGAUGCCGAUACAGAAAUUGCAAAUUUUCAACAAUUUCUGUCGAAUCAAUCCUGAUACUGAUAUUGCUUCUUUCUUCUGGCUGAAGGCGACUGACGCUGAGCACUGGCUAAAGAUGAUUGAUACCUUUGCUACAUCGAAUUCCAUCAACGACGCAAUCGGAUACGUCAUUGGUUUGGGAGAUAGACAUCCUGGAAAUAUUUUGAUUGAUAAAAUCACAGGAAAAGUCGUUCACAUCGAUUUCGGUGAUUGCUUCGAGAAAGCAAUGAACAGACCUUAUCUCCCUGAAGUUGUUCCAUUCAGGCUCACCAGAAUGAUGGUGAAAGCAAUGGGAUUGACUGGAUACAACGGAAUCUUCAAAUCUUCAUUCAGUGACAUUUUGGCAAUUUUGAGAGAAAAUUGGAGAGUUCUCAUUUUAGUUCUCGCGAUUUUCGUCCACGAGCCAUUGAUUGAAGUCCCCGAUUCUCCGUCAGUGAGGAGAAGGAAACCAGCCCACAAGGUUAUGGACACAUACAUGGCUGGAGGAAAGAGAAUCGGAAUUCCAAGAAGCGAAUCAAUGACUGACGAAAUCAGAUCAGUUGUCAAGAGUAAAUUGACAGGAACAGACAUGGCGAAGAAGAAGAGACAGCCGCUAACAGUUGAACAACAGACAGAGCUGUUGAUUAACUCAGCAACAAGCGCUUAUAAUCUUUCAAAGAUGUAUAGUGGCUGGGCACCAUUUUGGUAA